AUGACAGUUCAUAAAUUAAUAGUAUUAAGGCAUGGAGAAUCAGAAGGAAAUCAGGAGGGAAAAUUUUGUGGAUGGAAAGAUGUACCAUUAACAGAAAAAGGUAAAAAAGAUGCUGAAUAUGCUGGAAAACUAAUUAAAAAACAUAAUCUAUCACCAGAUAUUUUAUAUACUUCCAAGUUAAUAAGAUCUAUAGAAACUGGUUUUAUAAUAUUAAAAGUAUUAGGAAAACCAUGGAUUGAUCAUAUUAAAACAUGGAGAUUAAAUGAACGUCAUUAUGGAAAAUAUCAAGGUAGAAAUAGACAUGAUGUAUUUAUGGAAUUAGGACAAGAUAAAGAAAAAUUCCAAUAUAUAAGAAGAAAUUAUAAUGGAUUACCACCAUUAAUUAGUCCAGAAGAUGAUACAAGUAUAGAUGAAAAAUAUGAUGAUUUAUUAAAUAAAGAUAUUUUACCCCAUGGUGAAAGUUUACAUAUGGUAAUGGAUAGAUUAAUACCAUUUUUUAAAUAUGAAAUUUUAGAUAAUCAAAUGAUUCAAUUAAAUAAAACAGUUUUAAUAGUAACUCAUGGAUCAAUUGUAAGAAGUUUAAUUAAAUAUUUAAAUAAAGUAGAUAAUGAUGAUAUAGCAAAAAUUGAAGCUCCUACUGGUGUUCCAUUAGUUUUUGAAUUAAAUGAUAAAGGUGAUUUAAUUAAACCUUAUUAUUAUUUGGAUAAAGAAAAAGCUUUAGAAGGUUGUGAAGAAAGUAAAAAUGCUGGUUUGAAAAAGAAAUUAUAG